UUUGCUAAUGCAGAGCCAAUCAGAGCCAGGCGGUCAGGGCAGUGCGGGCUUUAGCCAAUCGUGAGGGAAGCCUGUCGCUGUGAGGAUGAUUACAGAGCCCUCCAAGCUAGAUCCCGUUGCUUCUUUGUUGCUGCACUGUCAUGGGACGGCUCCUUCCCUGAACGCUCCUUUCCAAGCAGCUGAAACAGAGAGUGCUACCAAAGGAGUGGAGAUUGGUGCUUCCUCUUGCUCACCGCUGUUUUUCUCCUGGCUGCAGUUGCAAAGAGGAGACGUCCCGCAGAGACCCAUGAGUGUAACCAUGGCCCAGGUGCAAUACGACUGUUUACAGGAGAAUCAUCCAAAUGAUACCAAUUCUUCAGCCUCCCCCAUGGGACCUGAGCAAAUUGAACUCCUCAUGCACAUCUGCAAGGAAGCUAAGAAAUCUGCCUACUGUCCGUAUAGUCACUUCCCCGUGGGAGCAGCGCUACUGACUUGUGAUGGGAAGAUCUUCUCGGGCUGCAAUGUAGAGAAUGCCUGCUACCCCUUGGGGAUAUGUGCUGAACGCACCGCCAUUCAGAAAGCCGUAUCAGAGGGGUAUGUGAAUUUCAGAGCCAUGGCCAUUGCCAGCAACUCUGAAGAGGACUUUAUCGUGCCCUGUGGGGCCUGCAGACAAGUAAUGAGAGAGUUCAGCAGAGAUUGGGACAUUUACAUGACAAAGCCAGAUGGGACCUAUAUAGUCAAAACUCUUCAAGAGCUCCUGCCUCUGUCAUUUGGACCAGAAGAUCUGAAGAAGUUCUGAAGAUUAUGUGGAACAUAUGAUCUGGAAUGGCACUAAAGACCCUCUAGACAAUCUUAUGCUUUCUGUUUUCAGGAUCAAGGUUUCUUUCAAAUUCUUCCCAACUCUGUCUCUUAGGGAUGCCAUUCAACUUCUGUAAGCCUCAGGGAACUACUCCAAAUAACAUCAUUUCCUUUUAUAUAAGGCAUGGGGAGGGAGGGGCAAGAAUCAGGUCUGCCUCACUGUGAAUCUGCCAAUCUCAAAUGUUCACAAAUUCGGAUUAGUAGACACCGAUGCAUGAUUUUAUGGUUAGAGCAGGUUGGGAAUUUUUCUACAAAAUGCCCUGUCAUUGAAACCAUGUGAGUUAGUCACAUGACUGCUCUAUGCCUCAGUUUCCUCAUCUAAAUAAUCAUCCAUUAACUUUUUUUGCAAACUGCUUUGAGAUGCUUCAGUGAGAAAUGCUUUAGUAGUGUUAAAUAUCAUUAUUACUCGCAUUAAUGGGGUUACUCCAGGUUUAUACUGGUUUAACCGAGAUCAGAAUCUGGCUUAAAAGUCUCACAAUGGGUCAAAAUGUAAGCUCUAAUAUACCAGAGGGUCCACAUUAUUCUGAAACAUAUUAUUCAAACAGCGUGGGCCAAAUAUACCUUCCCCCCACAUCUUCCUACCUCAGGCUAUAUAUUUAUGUAUUUACUAGUGAUUCUAGAACAAUCAAAUCUAAGAUUCAUUGACAUCUUGUUUGGAGCCCGAUUUCAUCCUAUGUAAACCUUUAAAGCUCAGGUGGAAGAGUAUUUAACACAGAGUUUUAAUUCUGGCCCACUUCUACUGUUGAUCAAGCUGCACAGAUCAGUAAAUCAUACAAAUCCAGGAAUUCCAUAAUGUAAAAUAGUUAUUUGUAAAGAUAACAAGAAAACCUAAAUAAGAGAAACUAAAGACUUGCUAAAUCCAAAGUAGACUGUCUUGUUCAUAUAUAAUGCAGGUUAUUUAUUGUAAGCAAUAACCUACAGUAAAACAAUUUAGAUUAUGCAGUUUAUUGUAGCUUAACUUUUAAAAUUUUAUGAAUGUUCUCUUCUUAGUUACCCUUAGUUUAUUUUUCUUGACUUCAUUUCUUUUCUGUGUGUGGGAAUGGAUGGGAAAGGGAAUGUAGUGGUGAAAACUGGACAAUACCCUAGCAGUUCUCUGUCUCCGGAGUAACAUAAUUUUACGACUGUGUUACAUUAGACACAAUGAAAUGAUCUGAAGUAAACAAAAAUGGGCUAAUUUUUCUAAUCAUUAAGCACUGUUGGUUAUUUACCUGUUGUUGUAAAUGCCCAAAUAGAAUAAAUGUGGUCACUCAUUACUAAUUCUACUGCUCCAUCAAGCUGCUGUUUUAUUACAGAACAGGGCCAUACAAACCAAGUUGUUGUUUUACUUUGUAGGAGUUUAGAGGAAAUCAGUAAUACAGCAUAUGCAAUUAUAGCUCAGGUAACCCACAGCACUAAGCCCUGCACACACACCUUGUAUGUGGAGUGGCAAACACAUCAUGCCCAAUACAUACAACCUAUGCACAGUGACACAUCAUGUACCCAGUCAUAGCCAGGGUGACAAACGCACCAAGCCCAAACCACACAACUCCUAUGCAAAGUGACACAAACACAGACACCAUGCUCAACACCCCCACCAUACCCAGUAUGAAACAUACACAGGCAGGGGCAGAUGACUGUUUUGCGGGGCCCCGGGCAGCGUAACUCCGCGGGGCCCCCCUUUGCCACGGCGCAUGCGCGGGGCUUUUUUAAGCGCGGGGCCCAGGGCAGCCGCCCCAUUCGCCCUGCCGUAUAUCCACCCCUGUACACAGGCACCCUGUGCUUGGUCUGUAUUGCAGACACACACCCACACCAUUUACUCAGUCACCCACUCACUCAUAACACACGUCCCAUGCCCAUUGUGACCCUCUCCCAAUAUACACAGUGCCACACAUACGCCCCCUGCCCACCCUGAGCUCUCCCCCACCCACAGCACACACACACCGUGCCCAUGGUGCCCCUCUCCCCCACAACAUACACAGUGCCUGCAGUCACUCACUCCCUCAUACACGGUGCCUACUGUCACACACUCACUCUCUCUCUCUCUCUCACACACACACACACACACACACACACACACACUGCCUGCAGUCACUCACAUACACACGCACACACAUACCAUAACGUGCCCCCGGUGCCCCCCCUCAACAUAAAUGGUGCCUAGUCACACACACCCACACACACACUCUCUCUCUCACACACACACACACACUGCCUAUUACAAAGAUAGCCUCCC